CCUGCGAAAACUGAUCCUCCUCCUAAUCCUACACCACCUCCUAUGGUCAUUUGUCCUUUAAAUUUGUUCCAAGUUGCAUGCUUUUUUGCGCUUAAUUGGUUUCGGGCAUUAAGCGCCUACGAUAAAGGAGAAUAUCAAGAAUUCAUUAAUGCACUUUCUGAGGAAUAUGAUGAAAAGAACCAAAAAAGCCUCAUAGAGUGUUGCAAUGGAAUUGGUAUUAAGGGAACAGAUGGUAUAGUAAGUACACUUAAAAUGCAUGGUUUUAGAUCGGAUGGAAUUGCCUAUCUACUUGUUCUGCUUGGGGAAGUCUUAGGUAGUGGAAAAAUAAUCAUCGAAGGUGUCACACGCGCAGAUUUUAGGACACAUGCAAAGAGAAUUUUUCGAGAGGCGUUGAAUAACGAUCUUGUAGAAGAAGCUAAAAAAUUAGAUGACUGUACUAGUGAAUUACGAAAAGCCAGUAAAGGGGAUUUUAAAAUUUAUUUUAACGUUAAAAGUACUUAUGGUAAAGUUGUAGAUUCUAUUUUUUCGAGGGAGGAUACAAGAUUGGUUUUAGAAUACCUAGAUGACUCUCUAGAAAUGCCUUUUUUUUCAAGAUUAGAAGAAAUACGUAACAUUGCGAGGAUCAAUAUUGCAAUUCUUAAUAUAACAGAAUAUGAUUCGUGUGCAUGUAAAGAGGCUAUUAAAACUGUUGAGGAAGUUAGAAAAUCUACGAAAGAAAAUUAUCAAUUUGUUAGUAAAGCUGAAUUUCGUUUAAAAAUCUUGGAAGAUUUCUUGUGGAUAAUCAGUGGGGAGGUCAUACCCGAUACAUCUCUUAUCACUUAUUCCGUUGAAACAGAAUCAGUUCCGGGAUUGAAUGAUAAAUAUAUUAAUUAUUUGGAUAAUCAGCUGUCUUUUAGUCAAGAACCAACGCAUAAAUAUGAUAAAGCAGUUUAUUUUGAAUAUUUGGCUGAAAAAGAAGCUAAAAUUAACAAAUUAACCAGUUUACGUUUUUGGCAACGUGCUCAAGAAAACUAUGAAAGUGUACGUGAAAUAGAUCCUCAAGAAUUGACUUAUUCACUUGGAUAUGCAAGGUGCUUACUAAAACUAUCUAAAUACACUCAAGUUAUUGAACUUCCUGAUACAUGCCCUGAACUAAAUUCUUCGUCGGAAUACUGGCACUUUUGUAGUAUAGCUUAUUUUAAACAAAUAAAAUAUAAAGAAGCUAGGGCAUGUAAUACUGAAGCUUUGAAAAUAGAUCCAAAAAAUAAUCUAGCGGACAAACACAGAGAACUUAUCAGCAAAUUAGAAAUGAAAAAUACUGUUAAACACCAUAUUGAUCGUUAUAAAAGUGAAUUGAUAUAUGAAACAGAUUAUUUAAAAAAUUCACAUAAUAACGAACGUCCUAUCUAUAAUAUUCUAUCAAUUGAUGGUGGAGGAAUACGUGGGAUAUUAUCUGCCUUAUGGCUUAGUGAGAUAGAAUCCCGCGCCCAUAGACCCAUUUCUCACCUAUUUAAUAUGAUAGCUGGAACGUCGACAGGUGGGAUCAUUGCUGCAGGACUAGCAGCACCACAAUUCGAAUCUGAAUGUAUCCAAGCUGAAGAACACGCGGCACCACAAUUUGAAUACAAUUAUUCAAAUUUAAAGCCAAGAUUUUCAGCUUCAGACUUACUAAACAUUUACAAGGAUGAAUCAGAAAAAUUAUUCACUAGAUCAUGGACCUUCUUCAAUAUGUCCGAUAAAUAUACAAGUGAGGGUCGUUCUACUAUGUUUAAAAAAUAUUUUGAAGAAACAAAAUUAAGUCAAUCAUUUACUGAACUGGUUAUUCCUGCUGUAAAUGAAACUCAUUCGGCAAUGACACAUUUAUUUACUCGCUAUGAUGCUU